CCAUCUGCCGCCCCCGUCCACAAUUCACAUCGCAUCCACCCGACGGAGCCACCGCGCGCGGCGAGAGCCGGCACGCCACCGCCCCCGCCCGCCGUCGCGCCAGAAAUUUCCCAGCGCUGCACACAGCAAGAGCUCGCAGGUCGCCGCCUCAUCCACCGCCGACGUGCUGCUUGAAAUUUCCCACCACUAAUCACUACGGGAAUCAGCAGGCCACUGCCUCAUCCGCCGCCAUCGUGUCAGAAAUUUCCCACCACUGUGUGCUGCGAGAAUCAGCAGGUCACCGCCUCAUCUGCCGCCAUCAUGCCUGGAUUGUGAUGAGGACGGAUUAUAGAGUUCUUGUCUAGAGUACUUCACAAGAUUAGUGCCUAUUUCUCUUCCUCGGUUUCACCAUAAUGGAAUGCAACAAGGAAGAAGCUUCAAGAGUCAAGGAUGUGUCCGAAAGAAAGCUGCAUGAAGCAGACUUUCCUGGUGCCAAAAAGAUGGCUCUCAAGGCCCACCAGCUUUUUCCUGGCCUUGAAAAUAUUUCUCAGCUGCUUGCUGUUUGUGAAGUUCACUGCUCUUCUUCUGUUAAGAUCAAUGGGGAGACAGACUGGUAUGGAAUUCUUCAAGUGGAACCAACUGCUGAUAAUAUGGUACUUAAAAAACAGUACCACAGACUUGCUCUUUUACUUCAUCCAGAUAAGAACAAAUUUGCGGGUGCUGAAGCUGCUUUUAAGUUAAUUGGUGAAGCUUACAUGACACUGACUGACCCUGUAAAACGUUCUUCCCAUGACAACAAAAGGAAAGCAGUUUUUGCAACUUCUGCCCCUAUACCAAAGAAGCGGGCACGGGCAUCAAAGAAAACCGAUCCUGCUCAUAAGAGGGACAACAAGGAGAACUUUGGUGCUCCACAAACCCAGAAGCCACAGCAACAGGCUGGAAAGUCAAGUGGAGUUUCCAGUUUCUGGACUAUUUGCUUGAGUUGUGGAACAAAAUACCAGUAUCCUUCUAGUUCACUUAUGAAAUUUGUCCUCUGCCGAAUCUGUUUAAGGACUUUCCCUGCCUAUGAUUUGUCCAAGAAAUCUGUUCCUGCUGGAGUGGACACAACUUCUCCAUGGAGUGGAUUUGGGAUGCAGCCGCAAAAGUUCCCUCCUAGUCAGCAAGCUCAUGUUACUAACCAGGGGCAAAACAAUCAGAGUUUUCCUGGUUGGCAACAUCCUCUCACCGGCCAUCAAACUCAUCCUGCUCACCAGCAACAGCAAUCUCAGAAUGUUCCUCAUCAGCAAGCUCCUGGUGCUAACCAACAUCACUCUCAGAGAUGUCCACCCAGUGCAGGAUCAAAGAAUGCUAUGAGCUCUGAGGGUGUAGGUGACCCUAACAACAAAGGAGCCACAGAUAGCACAAAAGUAUCAAGAGCACCAUCCAGAAAAAAAUUUGGUCCAGGUAGAACUGAAUCGCCAUUUGUGCAGCAAUCUCAGGAUGUUCCUAAUCAGCAAACUCCUACUGCUAACCAACAGCAACAGUCUCAAAGGAGUCCACCCAGUGCAGGACCAACAAACGUUAUGAGCUCUGAGGGUGUAGACGAUCCUAACAGUAAAGGGGCCACAGAAAGCACAAAGGUAUCAAGUGCACCAUUCAAAGAACAAGAUGGUGCAGAUAGAACUGAAUUGCCAUUUGUGUCUUCUGCUAAACUUUCACCUACAAACAUGCAGAAAAGGGGAAUACAGUCUCAGCAUUUUCCCAGACAGCGAAUUUCUCCUGUUAAUCAGCAAGUUCAGUCACAGAAUCCCAGUUUUAAUGAAGGAUCGAGCAAUCUUAACAGUAUUGGAAUGUCAGACAGUAAUGUCACAGCUAAUGCCAGGACAUGCAAUAACAUGAAUGUACCUAGAGCUGCAAUUGAUGAAGAAAAUGGUUCAAGCAGAACUGAGUCACCACUUGCAAGUUCUGAUAAAGUUUCACGUGCAAACAUAGAAAAAGGGAUAAUAAAGGAUGCUAAUGGUGCAGUCAAAACAGGGCAGAAUCCUCAGAGAUCAAGCCAGCAGGAAAAUAAUGUCAGUAAUGAAGAUGGCAGUGGUCGGUGUAGAAAAGCCAGUGAUAAUCUUCAUGAUUCUCCUGCGGCCAAAAGGACAAGGAAAGGGUACUCUUCAUGUAAUGCUCACAAAAAUGGUGGAACAGUAAAUAAAGAUGGUAAUGUGUACACGACACAAAAAGCAUGUAGUAUUCCAGUUACAAAAACUCUAAAUGAAAAUGUGGAGGUGGUCAAUGGCUUAGAUCAUGAAGAGAAACGAGGAGCAAGCAAGAAAGAGGAAAUGCGCAACUCUGGAAGAGAUGGCGCUGGUAGUUCUCUGGACAAUAGUAUUCCUUGUGAAGGUGAUGUAUCUUAUCCAGAUCCAGAAUUUUAUGACUUUGAGGAAAAUAGGAAUGCAGAUGGAUUCAAAGCUGAUCAAAUAUGGGCUGUUUAUGAUGACAGUGAUUCCAUGCCAAGGUACUAUGCUCGAAUUAAGCAGGUUUACUCUCCAAACUUCAUGGUGUGGUUCAGUUGGCUAGAGUUUGAUCCUCUGAAUGAUGCUGAGAAGGCAUGGUCUUCUAAGGAGAUGCCUGUUGCUUGUGGUCGUUUCAGAAUUGGGAAAACAAUCUUAACAGAAGAUAUAAAAAUGUUUUCCCAUGUAGUUUCUUGGACAAAAGGAAGCAAGAGAAACAGCUAUGAGAUUUAUCCAGUGAAAGGUGAAGUAUGGGCCCUGUUUAAGGCAUGUGACAUCGACCGGAGUUCAGAUUCCAGUGACCAUAAGAACUACAGCUAUGACAUUGUAGAAAUAAAAUCAAACUUUGCUGCGGGUAUGGGCACAUACGUCACCCCGUUAGUAAAGGUUCAAGGUUUCGUGAGCCUAUUUGUGCGGUCUGACAAGGAAGAACCAUAUUUGAUUCCUGGUGGUGACUCGCUAAGGUUUUCACACAACAUCCCUUUUCAUAGGUUGUCAGAAGCUGAUAAGCUACAUAUCCCUAAUGGCGCCCUUGAGCUGGAUCCUGCAUCUCUGCCUUCUAACUUGGAAGAAGCAACUUUGUCUGCAGACCUUAACAGGAGUAGCACUCAGGAAGGUAAUGUUUUGUCUAACAGAGACUCUUUUAAGUGUGAAAUGCCAACUGGUAAGACCAAACAAGGACUGGAUAGUGCCGCUACGAAUGAAGGUAAUGUUCACAAUGGAGUGAAGAAAGCCAAUAUCAAUGCAGGUGACAAGCAAGAUAAUGGCUCAGAGGCUUCCGUAAUUGAUGCUGAUAGUGUUGACCAAUGGGAUGACAGCUUUCAAUCUGAAUCUCCCGCAACUUUUGUGUAUCCUGAAACAGAGUUUUUCAACUUUGGUGAUCUAAGGUCAUUUGACAAUUUCAAGAGUGGACAAAUUUGGGCACUCUAUUGUGAUACCGACAAGUUCCCGAAGUACUAUGCCUUCAUAAAGAGAGUUGAUCAAGAUGACUUAACAAUCCACAUAAGAUGGCUUGAGUACUGUCCAUGUGGAGAGAUGGAGAAGCGUUUGGUGCAAGAUGACCUGCCUGCUAGCUGUGGAAUAUUUAGAGUCACCAGUCAAAGUGAAAAUUAUGAUUGCACAAGUUUCUUCUCACAUAUCAUGGAGGGGACAACGAUUAGUAAAGGAAAGAAGUAUGAAAUUCUUCCUUGUGUUGGCCAGGUAUGGGCUAUAUACAAGAACUGGAAGCGUGGCUGGAGCUUUGAAAAUUUUAAAAGCUGUGAAUAUGAUCUUGUGGAGGUCCUAGAGAGUUCUGCUGCCUCUCUAACAGUUUCCUAUCUCACUAAAGUAGAUGGUUUUAGUACUGUAUUCAUGCUGGAGAGUAAAGGUGGAUCUACAAGUGCCAUGAAAAUACUAAGAUGUGACAUGAUGAUGUUCUCACAUCAAGUUCCUUCAUACCGCAUGACAAAUGAAGGUGACAAACUCUGUGGUUACUGGGAACUUGAUCCAGCAUCCGUGCCUGAAAAUUUCCUAGCUAGAAAAUCAAAGUGAAGCAAAAGCUAUAUUGCUCACAGGAUGAAGUCAAUAGUGGAUUGCUUAUCAAAAUUGUAGUACAUUGUUGACAAAGCUGCAGCACUGAGAUGGUUAUUCUUACUGUUGGUUGUAUCAAGUGUAGGCAAGUUAGGUUAUUAGGGUAUUAGGUUGCUAUGCCACGUGAUGUCAAGCACUCAGGUUUGGUCUUUCUUUAUGUUGCCUUAUAAAUGGUGUUCUGCAUGGUUGGUCGUAACAACUUCUGUAUGCAACUUUGUAACCCCGAGUAUUCUUGAAAAGAAAUAGGUGGCAGUAGCAUUCAUUAUGCUUA